AUGAAAUUUUCAAAUAUUGCAACCAUUGCUACCACUUUAUUUGGUAUUUCAUUAGCUGAUGUUAAUUAUGUUUAUGUUACUCAAACUCGUCAAGUUACAAAAUAUGCUACCGUAACUUUUGGAGGUCAAGAAACUGUUGCUCCUGUUGCUACUGAACCAGCAACUACUGCAGAAAUUCCAGCUCCAAGUGAAUCAACUUGGAUUUUUUCUACUAAUGUUUUAGGUCAAGAUAUUGUUUUCACAAGUGUUGUUAACUUAAAUCAACUUGGAGGAGCUGUUGUUAAUUUAUUUAAUGAACAUGUUAUUGUUCAAAGUGGUGAUUCAUUUAGUACAAAAACUUUAUUAGUCCAAGCUAAUCCAACUACUUUAUUGACUUCAACCCUUGGUGAUGACAACGUUGCUUCAGAAUCAGCUGCUGAAACUGUUGCUCCAAUUGCUUCUGUUGCAACUACUUUAACUUCAUCACAAAUACAACCAACCAUUGAAGCAGAAAGUGCUACCUCACAAGAAGAAACUACUGUUGCUCCAAGCUCCACCUCAUUAGGAGAAACUACUGUUGCUCCACAACCUACUUUAGCAAAAACAACUUCAAAACAACAACCAACUACUACAUCAUCAACUAAAGCAGCAGCAACUACUACUUCCUCAUCAUCAGGAUUAGAUUCAUUUGCUCAAUCAAUAUUAGACGCACAUAAUCAAAAAAGAGCAUUACAUGGUGUACCAGCUUUAUCAUGGGAUCAAACCCUUUCCAAUUAUGCUCAAAACUAUGCAAACAAAUAUGAUUGCUCAGGAAGUUUAAGUCAUUCAGGUGGUCCAUAUGGAGAAAAUUUAGCUGUUGGUUAUAAAGAUGGUGUUUCAGCAUUAAAUGCUUGGUAUGAUGAAAUCAAAGAUUACACAUGGAAUAAUCAAUUCUCAAGUGCUACGGGACACUUCACUGCUGUGGUUUGGAAAUCUACUAGCAAACUUGGUUGUGCAAACAAACAAUGUGGUUCUGGUCUUUACGUUAUCUGUUCAUAUUCAGACUCAGUUCCAAAUUUAGUUGGUGCUUUUGCACAAAAUAUUCUAAAUAAUAAAUCGUCAUCUACUAAAACUAUUCAGUCAGAUGAAGAUCAUAUGCCCAAAUAUAUAAUUGAAAAUGGGUUAAGAAAAGUGGUUCCGUAUCAUAUGAACUAUCAAACUCAUGUAAAACAAAGAUGGGUUGGUAAAACUAUAAUUGAUGUAUACACAAAUGAUUUUGGUGAGACUAAACAAGGUAUAAUUCAAGAUAUUAAUGAAGAUAAAUUAUAUAUCGUCAAUAAUGUGGGGGUAACUUUACCAAGUGUUACAAUAAAAGGGUUAAAUAUAUUGAAUGUAAGGAAGAUCGAGAACAAAGAUGUCAUAUAUCAUACAAAACAUAAACAUGAACCGAUGAUUCCAUGGGUUGAAAAAAUUCCAAUAGUAUUUGAGAAUGAUGAAAUUUUAGUAGUUGAUAAACCGUCGGGCAUACCAACUCAUCCCUCAGGAAAUUACAUGUAUAACAGUUUAUCUGAAAUGAUCAAAGAACAAUUAAAGUUAAACUCAAUUUGGACUUGUCAUAGAUUGGAUAAAGCAACAAGUGGGAUUUUAAUUUUAUGUAAAGCUAGAGAAUCUGCUAUAAAAUAUCUGAACUUGUUAUUGGAUAAGAAAAAUAAUGUUACAAAAACAUAUUUGGCAAGAGUUAAAGGAGAGUUUCCAGUAGGUGUUAAAACUUAUACUUGUCCUAUAUUCAUUGUAAAUAUGAAUGGAUAUCUAGCACCAGGUGAUUUAACAAAAUUACCAACAAACACAACCACAAUUUUUGAAAGAAUACGGUAUAAUAAAGAACUAGAUGAGAGUAUAGUAAAAUGCAUACCGGUCACUGGUAAGUUCCAUCAAAUUAGAAUACAUUUGAGAAAUUUGGGAUACGCUAUAUCAAAUGAUGAUUAUUAUAGACCGGAUGAUAGUCUACCAUCUACUUAUAUUGAAAAAUCUAAUAUAGAAAAAGGACUAUACAAAUUGUUAUUUACACAGUAUCCCCAAUUUGCAUCAUUUUCAGGUGAAUCAAACCCCGAAACAAUAAAUUUGUUAGAUCUUAUUAAAUGGGACACCAAUACUACCCUAGUGAACCGCCUCUUUUCACUUAAACUGAGUCAUUCACAAAUCCUAUCAACAAAAAAGCUGUCAAUUUGUUCCACUUGUUAUAGACCAAUAUUUGAUGAAGAUAUGAAUGGAAAUUCAAACAUUUAUCUACAUGCAUUAAGUUUCGAAUAUGAUGAUCAUAAAUUUGAAACUGAGGUUCCAAAUUGGGCAAAUAUAUAA